GAAUUAGCGAAUAGGUUUUGAAUUCGAAUCGGAUUAAAUCCAUCCAUCUGCAGCCCUAGAUUUCCCUGCCCUGCCCUUGUCGACGUCCAGAACCAGAAGAAUAGAAGAGGGGAAGAACCAGAAACCGAUCUCCAUCGUCUCGCAGUCGCAGGAUUGAUUAGCGAAGGAAGGUAUGGCGAAGCAAUUGGGACCAACGGGGGAAUUUUUCAGGAGGAGGGAUGAAUGGAGGAAGCAUCCGAUGCUCACAAACCAGCUCAGGCACGCCACCCCUGGCCUCGGAAUCGCUCUUGUCGCUUUUGGUAUCUAUCUCGUCGGUGAAGCUGCUUACAACAAGUUUUACACUCCCCAUCCUUCUUCUUCCAGUUCUCAUUCUCACUGAAUCGGAGGUUUGAAGGAUCUGGUAAAUGCUUGGAUGCCUGAAAUUUCACUUCACUUGACCUGGACUUGAAGCAUCUUUUACUUUUUUUCUUUCGUUGGAUAAGACUUGAAGCAUCUUAGUUAAAUAAGCUGUUUGUUGAACAUAUUUCAGAACUUUUGAGGGAAGGGAACUUGGUAUUCUGUUUUAUUGUUAUGAUUUUCCUUUUUUUUUUCUUUCAUUUUACUCCCUUACAGGGUUGUUUAGGUUGGCACUCUAUGGAUAUCUUAAUCACAAGAGCCAAAGUUUCUUGAUGUACUGAUUGAAAUGCAAUAUCCGACGCCUUUUUCGUUA